AUGGAGCUAAAUCGGAUUAACAGAGAUCUAGCUCUGUCCCUCACCCUGUGGCAGGGAUCUUUGAUCCACCUCCAGGGUAAUUUUACAGAAUCUUUUGAUGAUGCUUCACCAGGAAAACAAAAAGAAAUCCAGGAAGCAGAUCCUACGUAUGAAGAGAAAAUGCAAACAGACAGAGCAAACAGAUUUGAGUAUCUGUUGAAGCAGACUGAGCUGUUUGCUCAUUUCAUUCAGCCUGCUGCUCAGAAAAACUCCAACCAGCCUUUGAAAAUGAAGCCUGGACGUCCACGAAUAAAGAAAGAUGAGAAACAGAAUUUACUGUCAGUUGGCGACUACCGCCAUCGUAGAACUGAGCAAGAAGAAGACGAGGAGCUGUUAACAGAAAGCUCCAAGGCAACUAACGUCUGCACUCGAUUUGAAGAAUCUCCAUCAUAUGUUAAAUGGGGAAAGCUGCGUGAUUAUCAGGUCCGAGGAUUGAACUGGCUCAUCUCUUUGUAUGAAAAUGGCAUCAAUGGUAUCCUGGCUGAUGAAAUGGGUCUCGGGAAGACACUGCAAACAAUUUCUCUUCUUGGCUAUAUGAAACACUACAGAAAUAUUCCCGGUCCUCACAUGGUAUUAGUUCCUAGAUCCACGCUACAUAACUGGAUGAAUGAAUUCAAGAGAUGGGUCCCUACACUUCGAGCAGUUUGUUUGAUAGGUGACAAAGACCAGCGUGCUGCCUUUGUCAGAGAUGUGUUGCUGCCUGGAGAAUGGGAUGUCUGUGUAACAUCAUACGAAAUGCUUAUCAAAGAAAAAUCAGUAUUCAAAAAAUUUAACUGGAGAUACCUAGUUAUAGAUGAAGCCCACAGGAUUAAAAAUGAAAAAUCAAAGUUAUCAGAAAUUGUGAGGGAAUUCAAGACUACAAAUCGGCUGCUGUUAACUGGAACUCCACUGCAGAACUUACAUGAACUCUGGGCACUUCUUAACUUCCUUUUGCCAGAUGUCUUUAACUCAUCUGAGGACUUUGAUUCAUGGUUUGAUACAAACAACUGUCUAGGAGAUCAAAAGCUGGUGGAACGUCUCCAUAUGGUGCUGCGACCAUUCCUUCUACGUCGCAUUAAGGCUGAUGUAGAGAAAAGCUUGCCUCCAAAGAAGGAAGUUAAAAUUUAUGUGGGUCUCAGCAAAAUGCAACGAGAAUGGUAUACACGGAUCUUAAUGAAGGAUAUAGAUAUACUGAAUUCUGCAGGGAAGCUGGACAAAAUGAGACUGCUGAAUAUCCUCAUGCAGCUGCGAAAAUGUUGCAACCAUCCGUAUCUCUUUGAUGGAGCAGAACCUGGUCCGCCUUAUACCACAGAUAUGCAUUUGGUCACCAACAGUGGCAAAAUGGUAGUAUUGGACAAAUUGCUCCCUAAGUUGAAAGAACAAGGUUCGAGAGUCUUAAUCUUCAGUCAGAUGACCAGAGUCCUAGAUAUCUUGGAAGAUUACUGUAUGUGGCGAAACUAUGAAUAUUGUAGGCUGGAUGGACAAACACCACAUGACGAGAGACAGGCAUCUAUUAAUGCGUAUAAUGAACCCGGUAGCUCAAAAUUUGUGUUCAUGUUGAGUACACGGGCAGGCGGACUUGGAAUCAAUUUGGCUACUGCUGAUGUUGUAAUUCUGUAUGAUUCAGAUUGGAAUCCACAAGUAGAUCUUCAGGCUAUGGAUCGAGCACACAGAAUUGGCCAAACAAAGACUGUUCGAGUGUUCAGGUUUAUCACAGACAACACAGUGGAAGAAAGAAUAGUGGAACGUGCAGAAAUGAAGCUCCGGCUAGAUUCCAUAGUCAUUCAGCAAGGAAGACUGGUGGAUCAAAACCUGAAUAAACUUGGGAAGGAUGAAAUGCUGCAAAUGAUCAGGCAUGGAGCAACACACGUGUUUGCCUCAAAGGAAAGCGAGAUUACAGAUGAAGAUAUUGACCACAUUUUGGAAAGAGGUGCAAAGAAGACUGCAGAAAUGAAUGAAAAACUUUCAAAAAUGGGUGAAAGCUCACUCAGGAAUUUCACAAUGGAUACAGAGUCCAGCGUGUAUAAUUUUGAAGGGGAAGACUACAGGGAAAAACAGAAGAUGGCCUUUACAGAGUGGAUUGAACCACCAAAAAGAGAAAGAAAAGCCAAUUAUGCUGUGGAUGCUUACUUCAGAGAGGCUCUUCGAGUCAGUGAGCCAAAAGCACCCAAGGCACCACGGCCUCCAAAACAGCCAAAUGUACAGGACUUUCAGUUCUUUCCUCCACGCUUGUUUGAACUAUUAGAAAAAGAGAUUCUCUACUACAGGAAAACAAUUGGGUACAAGGUACCUCGUAAUCCUGAUCUGCCAAAUGCAGCCCAAGCACAAAAAGAAGAGCAGCUUAAGAUUGAUGAGGCUGAACCACUUAAUGAUGAAGAGCUAGAAGAAAAAGAGAAGCUCCUAACCCAGGGAUUCACUAACUGGAAUAAGAGAGAUUUUAACCAGUUCAUCAAAGCUAAUGAGAAAUGGGGCCGUGAUGACAUUGAAAAUAUAGCAAGAGAAGUGGAAGGAAAAACUCCAGAGGAAGUAAUUGAGUAUUCAGCUGUGUUUUGGGAAAGAUGCAAUGAACUCCAAGACAUAGAGAAGAUCAUGGCUCAGAUAGAAAGAGGAGAAGCCAGAAUCCAGAGACGAAUCAGCAUAAAAAAAGCACUUGAUACAAAGAUUGGCAGGUACAAAGCCCCUUUCCACCAGCUAAGAAUAUCUUAUGGUACUAAUAAAGGGAAGAAUUACACUGAAGAGGAAGAUCGCUUUCUAAUCUGUAUGCUUCACAAGCUAGGAUUUGAUAAAGAAAAUGUCUAUGACGAAUUAAGACAGUGCAUCCGGAACUCCCCACAGUUCAGAUUUGACUGGUUUCUCAAGUCCAGAACUGCAAUGGAGCUGCAAAGGAGAUGCAAUACUUUAAUCACCCUGAUUGAAAGAGAAAACAUGGAACUGGAAGAAAAGGAAAAGGCAGAAAAGAAGAAACGUGGACCAAAACCAUCUUCGGCACAGAAGCGCAAAAUGGAUGGUACUCCUGAUGGUCGUGGAAGAAAAAAGAAGCUAAAGUUGUGAAUGCAGAAUUUUUAUUAUCACUAAAUUUAAAAAGUAGUUCUUUAAUUUACGGGUCUUCAUAAGAUGUACUGUAUAAUGCUCAACUAUUAUGUCAUUAAAGGACAUCGGGUUCAUCUGUUUACUGAACUAGAAACAUAGUACUUAAUGUAGUUUCACUUUUUUAAAUGCAACAGCUGUGCUGAAUUUUUUUUACCAUUAACACUUGAAGUAAUAAAAUAGGCUUCAUUUAUUAA